AUGGUGUUUCAAGUAUUUCUGAAUUCCAUCGACUGGGAACAUGAAUCCUACACAGAAUAUAAAGAUCUCAUAGCGCUUCCCAUUUUUGCCAUCUUUUUUCCUACAGUUCGGUUUUUCCUUGACAGAUUUGUAUUUGAGAAAUUGGGCAGACGCAUAAUAUUUGGAAAGGGGAUGCAAGUGGUUGAAAAUGAGACAGCCGAGCGAAGAAAGAAGAUACGAAAAUUCAAGGAGUCAGCAUGGAAAUUUGUUUACUUUCUUUCAGCUGAGAUCUUAGCACUUCUUGUAACAUAUAAUGAACCUUGGUUCACAAACACAAAAUACUUUUGGGUAGGGCCAGGAAAUCAGGUCUGGCCUGACCAGAAAUACAAGUUGAAACUGAAAGGCCAGUAUAUGUAUGACGGUGGAUUCUACACGUACUCCAUAUUUGCUCUGAUAUUUUGGGAAACCAGGCGCUCUGACUUUUGGGCUUCUAUGGGUCAUCACGUUGCAACUUUCAUCCUAAUUGUGCUUUCUUAUAAAUUCAGGUUUGCCCGUGUUGGUUCAGUUGUUUUAGCUCUUCAUGAUGCUAGUGAUGUAUUUCUGGAAGUAGGAAAGAUGUCCAAAUACGGCGGUGCAGAAACACUGGCUAGCUUUUCAUUUGUUCUUUUUGUCUUGUCUUGGGUCCUACUUCGUCUCAUUUACUAUCCAUUCUGGGUCCUCUGGAGCACAAGCUACGAAGUUAUCCUGACCUUGGACAAGGAGAAACACAGACUAGAGGCCGCGUCAGUGACGAUGUUCGAUCCGAUUCUGAGGAUGAAGAUCAGCAUGAAGAUUGAUCAUAAAAGCAGAUUUUCAUCAUUGCUUCAUUCACUUGAUAAUGAACGAACAACAAGAACCAAUAUUCAAUGCCGCCGCCUACCCUGGCCGUCUGAGACUAAUCACCACUGCCGAAACGGGUGUCGGACUGGGAUAAAGAAGAGAUGGAUGACGUGUAAAAGCUUUCAUCCGUCACUUCUCAUUGUUGCAAUGUCUUCCCCGUCUCUUCACUUUUUACACCAUCUCUCCUCCAAAACUUUAAUUGGCUCACUCAUUCUUCCAGAGUUCCCUUUCUCUGGCAACUCCGUGGAACCCUCACUUGGUGACAAUUCAUGCAAUAUAUAUGCCCUUAACCAUUCUGAUAAACUGAUUAUGAUUGCUCUUGUUCAGUACUCUGUCACUGCAGAGAGAUCCCAUGCAGUGGCAAAGUUGCUGAUUGGUGAGCAGAUCAUACCCGAGAGGGUUUUGAUUUUGGAUUCUGUUCAAAGCCGUAACUUUCGUGGUAAACUUUCACCAGAUGAUGUAUUUGCAGUCAAGUUGGAGACAUCAUUGGAAAGAAGAAGUUCGGAUACUGGAUAUUCACCACUGAUAAAAGGUUUGGAUUAUUUUCCAUCAGGAAGUGUGGUGGAGGGCCUAGCCGCUGCUCUGUUGAGUCAAUGUCAAUUGAAGAAGAUAAAGGGGACACUUUUUGUUUCAUGGCCUCAUUUCGGUGUUUCAGUCAUUUCACUGAUUAAGUCGCUGUUGCUGAGGGAUGUUUUCACUGGCAUAAGUACUAGUAGUGAUGUUGAUUUGGAGAACGAGUAUUUAAGGUUUACUCGUAGUAAGGAUCGUCUUGAUUCUGAGUUGUAUACUUGA